UUUUCAAUUCUUUCUUCUUUUACAGCAUGCCUUUCAAUUUUGGAGCACAUCAUCGAACCACCAGUAGUAAGCAAUUGCUCUGCUGUCACAUUGACAUGUCGGGUAGACACGGAAGGGUCGAUGGUAGACGUGUGGUGGACAUUUCGAGGAGAGAAUGCUUCAAAGCUUCCAGAUACAACCAUUUUGACAGACAAUGCCGACAAAGGGAUUUGGCAAUUGGAAUUGAAAUGCCCAACUCUAGAACACAAAGGAAGCUAUGCUUGUAAUGCUCAGGAAAGGAAUGAGAGUGGAGUGGUAUAUAGAAGAGAAGUACUUCUUAAAAUUUAUGUUCCUGUUACAAUAGAAUUGGACACAAAUAGUACAGCUGAAGCAAUUGGUGGCAAAGUUAACUUAACUUGUCUAGUCACUUCGCAUCCUAUAGCUGAAGUAAAAUGGUUAAAAGAUGGUGAAUCACUUAAUGCUUCGAAUGGAAGGAUAGAAUCAGCCACUACAGAAAUAGAUGCAGUCACAUUUCUCUCCUCCCUUCACUUAGAGAAUUUGGAACGAUUAGAUAAUGGAACAUAUACUUGUCAAGCAAUCAAUGAAUUUACAAAUUCUUCUGCUGAUCAAGAUAUUUUGGUUGAAGAGCCUCCUGAAGUAGAAUUUUUGCGUGAUAAUGUUACAGUGACAGAUCCAACAACAACAACACUUUACUGGCAUGUAAAAUAUGAUGGAAAUUUACCUGUUCAGAGAUUUCGUCUAGAACGAGAAAACUACGGAGAAGAACCUGUAGUUGCGGUCGAUCAUGAUAUUCCAGGGAAUAUAACGAAAUAUACUGUAACAUCUUUAUUGCCUGGAAUCACUUAUACAUUUCGCAUAUCUGCACAGAAUGGUGCUGGUACCAGUGAAUAUGACUAUUUAAAUGUUUCCAUGCCUGCUGAUGUUCCUCCAAAAGUAUCUUGGGUCCAUGUCUUAGCCUCCACAAAUGAAACACUUUUAUUUGGAUGGAGAAGGCCUAACCAUGAUAACGGUGCUAACAUUACUCAUUAUAUAGUUAAACUACAUCACCAUAAUGGUAGCCUUGUAGCAAAUAAAACCUUAGAUAUCAAUACACCUGGUCGCAACAAUCAUAUGUAUAUUUUUGUGAAUCUUGAUCCGGGAGAGACAUAUACUUUUCAGGUACAGGCCUGCAAUAUUCUAGGGUGUGGAAAUUGGUCUGAGCCGUUAGAAGGUCCAACAUCCGACGGAAUGCCUGAUCCUCCAAGAAAUGUUCAGAUAACAUGUGAUCAUGACUAUGAUCGAGAUACUGAUUUCAUUUGUGUAACAUGGGAGGCCCCAUUAAAUGCUAGGGGAACAAUAUUAAGUUACAAUGUAACUUUAUUUACAAAUGCCCAAUAUCGUAAUGAAAAUGGUCAGGAAGUAGAAGAAAAAGCCUCAAAAAUAGAAAUAAUUGAUGCCAAAUCCACUAGUUUUGAGUACAAGACAGAUGUGUUACCUAACACAGAAUAUACUGCUCAAAUGUGCACCAUUAACAGGAGUGGAUGUGGACCUUUAUCUAAUUUGACAGAAAAUACUUAUUGCAGAUCUCUUACAAAUGUACCAGCAGUUUUACCUCAAUUUUAUAUGCAUCGCAAAAAUAACUCCAAUGAUUGUAGGCAGCUUGAGUUGAAAUUACAAAGAGUUUCAGAAAGAAAUGGAUUAAUUUUGUGCUAUAAAGUUGUAAUAAUAAAAUUACCAAAGGGGCAAAAUCUUAGCAAAUUACCUGACAAUCCCCAAUCUGUUAAGUUAUCUACUCAUGAAAAAGUUCAUAAAAAUGAUGGCCAUGGAGCUUAUGUUGCUGAGGCAUUUACUAGUGAUGAUUUUGUAAGUGAAGUUGUCAUUGGUGAUAACCAUCAGCGUUACUGUGAUUCUAAUUCAGCACCAUCUGAUAAAAGGCGCCAUAUUAUACAGGACUCUCUUUCCAAUAAAGAUUUACGUGAGAUAGAUUUAGUACAAGAUGGAAGCUUAGCACCAAGUACAAACUAUACUGGUUAUGUUCAAGUUAAAGUUCAAGGUCCAAAUAACACAAUUCUAACAAAAACAAGUCCUUAUUUUUCACCUAUAUUAACUGUCUGCACUGUCUCUGUAGGUUCUCCUCCAACCCCCACCUCUACAGAAAGUCCCAUACUCGUCAUACUUGGAGUAAUUUGUGGUAUCAUAUUGGUUUUUAUAGCUUUCGGUCUGGCCCUUUUUCUAAUUAGGAAUAAACAUGGGCCAAGGUAUUUAGAAAAUGGGGAGCGUCUGGGUCUUACUGCUUUGAUACUUAGAACUAUUCAUAGAAAUGGCCAUUUACCUGGAAGUAAAGCAGGAAAUUUGUCUAAAGUGCCUAGACUUGGUCCUAUCUCUAGUGAAGAACUUCCUGCUGCAUUUGUUGAAAGACAUAUGGAUAGUGAUUUGCUUUUUCAAACUGAAUUUGAGGCUCUUCCUGACAGUUUUAAGGAUAGAACAACUCAUGCUUCAGAUGCUCCUGAAAAUUUGAGCAAAAACCGAUAUCCUGACAUUAAAGCCUAUGACCAAACAAGAGUUAGACUUCCUUUAAUAGAUGGAGUUGCUGGUUCAGAUUAUAUAAAUGCUAAUUUUAUAGAAGGAUACAAAAACCGAAAAAUGUUUAUUUGCGCGCAAGGUCCAUUAGAUAGAACAGUUUUUGAUUUUUGGAGAAUGUUAUGGGAACAUCGUGUCACUGUAGUCGUAAUGCUUACUGGAAUAGAAGAACAUGGGCAGGUGAAAUGUGCUCAGUAUUGGAGUGAAAGUUGUCCGAAAGAAAUCGAAAAAAUGUUUGUAAUAUCAUUAGUGAGCACCAAAAGGUAUUCUGACUAUAUUGUCCGAAGAUUCCAAGUAGAUUUCACAAAGGAUGGCCUGACCGAAGAGAGGGAAAUUUUACACUUUCAUUUUGUUCUUUGGAAAGAUUUUCUGGCUCCUGAACAACCAUCUUGGCUUUUGCGUUUUAUUAAACGUGUAAAUGAACACUACUGUUCAGAUCGGGGACCACUUCUUGUUCAUUGUAGUGCUGGCGUAGGUCGCACUGGUACUUUUGUAGCUAUUGAUAGCUUAUUACAACAGUUAGAAGAAGAAGGGCGUAUAGAUGUAUUUGCUCAUGUUAGUACUUUAAGACAUCAGCGAAAUUUUCUGGUCCAGUCACUUAAACAAUAUAUAUUUGUAUAUAGAGCAUUAAUGGAACAUGCUCAGUUUGGUGAUACAGAAAUAGAAGUGAGGCAUCUCCGAGAUCAUUAUGAGUUGUUAAAAGAAAAGGUUGGAGAUUCAGAUAAAACUGGUCUUGCAAUAGAGUUUGAGAAAUUGAGUGAUGUGAUUGAAGAUCCUAAAACCUGUUGUGUGGGAACUAUGGAUAUGAAUGUAGGAAAGAACAGAUAUGAUUUUAUUAUCCCUUAUGACAUAAAUAGAGUUAUAUUACCUCCCUCUCCAUCCAGAGAUCAUUCAUCAUACAUAAAUGCAUCAUUUAUUCAGGGUUAUGAUAGAUCUUUGUCUUUCAUUAUAACACAAGAUCCAUUGGAAACAACAGUUAUUGAGUUCUGGAGAAUGAUAAAAGAGCAAAGUAUUACUACAUUAGUCAUGCUGUCUGAAAUUGGUGAAGGAAAAACAAAAUGUCAGUCCUAUUGGCCUACAGAAGAAGAAGAGAAAUUAUGUGAUUAUAUUAAAGUAACAUUUGAAAGUUGUGAAAAGCUUCCAUUUUAUACAAAGAGAGAAUUUUCUGUGAUUAAUACAAAAUCAAAAACUAAUGAUAAGCAUACGAUUACACAAUUUCAAUUUCAAGAAUGGCCUUGCAGUGCUGGUACAGUUCCUGAUGGUACACUUGGUCUAGUUACAUUAAUUGAAGAUGUACAACUCAAUCAAGAAAAACAAGUAGGAAGUGGACCAAUUACUGUCCAUUGCAGUGGUGGAGGAGACAGGAGUAGUGUAUUUGUUACACUAAGUGUUUUAAUACAGCAGUUAAAGGCUGAAGAAAGAGUCGAUGUGUUUCAAGCUGCUCGUUAUACUAGAUCACAACGACACUGUAUGCUUCAGACUUUAGCACAAUAUGAUUUCUUAUAUAGAGGAUUACUGGAAUAUAUUGUAUCCAGAAAUCUUUGUGAUAUGGGUGAUACGCAGCUAUGAUAUUUAUUCAUAGUAUAUUCCAUCCAUCAUUUGUGGUUUCUCUACCUGCCUUACCUGGCAAUAAUUAAGACUUUUAAUGUCUAUUUUGUCCAGCCAGCAAGACUUGGGGAGAUUUUGCUCAAGUAGAUGAGUGCCAUUAUUUCUGAAUUAAAUCAAUAAUGUUUUAUUGUAAAAUGGUUUGUCUGCAGUAUGAAUGAGUGUAUGAACGGUUGAACGAUAUUAUAUAUUGAAAGAUACCUCUUAUAAUUAUCAUGAGAACUGAAUUCAUUAUAUUCAAAGUUGAGUAAUUCAUUCAUAUUACCAAUGAAAGAUAGCACACUGCCAGCGAAAUUUUUGUAUGUCCGAAUCACUGCAUUUGAGAUAUCUUUCAUUCGAAAAUGGAAUUCAUCAAAAAUACAUUAUCAGAGUUUAUACACUUGCAUAGUCAACAUGCUAUCCACAAUUUCCCUGAAAGUUCUUCAGCUAUGGUGCUAUGUUUUAUGGAGCUUGGUUGACAUUAGGUGCAAGACUGAAUAUACAACAUUUUUGUAUGAAUAUUUGGUUAAAAGUUUAGGGAGUCCCUAAAACAUCUCCAUGUUAUUUAAUCAACUUUUUACUAAUAGCUGACAGGUGCUAAAUUAAAAAAAUUAAAAAAUACUUCAUAUAAGAAUUAGUUGUAUAUAGAUAUAAUUUUAUAAUUGCUAUUAAAAUACAGCCAUAUAACAAUUUCUUUUUACUGCUUUUAUAAGGAAUUGUCUUCAAAAAAUACCAUUUAGAUAUCUAGAAUUUAUUUCUGUCAUUUGUGCAGUUUAAAUACCCAUUUGUACCUGCUCAUCUGUUUCGACAUCAUCACGAACUAGGGUGGGAAUCAAGGCAGCUUAGAUUUCAAAAAGGUUCAUCAUUUUUCUUGUAUAUUUCGUUUAGUAUGUUUGUUAUAUCUUUGAAAUAGCAACAUAUCAUUCAUGUUAUAUUAGUUGUCUUUAUGUAGUUGUUUGUUUUUUCAUUGUUUGAGUGUGUGAAACAUUAGAAAUCAUGAAUCAACAUUUAUAUUCUCUUGUACAAUUUUGAAUAGUCUGAGAUCACUUUUAUGACAGCUUAAUUUUAAAUUAGACAUUUAGAAUGAUUACAAAAACGUCUGUUUUCCUCUACAUAAAUUUUACAUACUUUUCAAAAUAUGUAUGAUGUUGUUAAAGUUAUUAGGAAUAAGAAUUAUAAAUCAAUCGCUAAAUAUGUGGUAAAUUAAAGUUACCUCCUAUUAUCUGAAUCAUUUCUUUUAGGUUUAAUUUUUAAACUGGUGUUUUUAUAUCAUCAUAAAUAACUAGCAACGUUUAAAAUUAUUAUGGAUUAUUUUUUAAUUCCAGUUCUGCCUUUUGUAUAGAUAACCAAUUUCAGUGCAGAUUUCUGGGAGAAAAAAAACUUGAAUUUAAAAUGGGAGACCAUGAGCUGCUCCAUUUUAAAUUAAAAUCCUAUAAAAAAUUUCUUAUCAAUUUUGAAUCUCUAUUUAAAAAAAUAUUGUUAAUUAUAAAAUUGUUGGCAUACACAUGUGAUUGGUAAGUUUGUCUGCACUUAGUUAAUGAGGUAUAUAGUUUUAAAUUAAAAACUAAUUAUUAAUGUAAUAAUCUACAUAGACCAUUUAUGUAAGAAUUCCACUAAUAAAUCAAAUAAAUAAAUAUCAAGGAAACUAAUUUUAAUUAUAUUUAGAGGAAAAUAUUUUAAAUUUCAUUUUUGUAAAAACAUUUUUUAAACUUAACAAUCUUAAAACUUAAUAGUUUUAGUCCCUUAAAAAGGUAUAAAAAGUAACAGACAUUUAAAUCGCUCUAAUUUAACAACAUAUGUAUUGCUUUCAUUAUGAGGUAUGAUUUUACUUCAAUGCUAAGAGAAACUGAAAGGAGUAAUUUCGGAAAAUAACUAAUAUUCUAUCAUCAGUUUAGAAACUCAAAACUCUAAUUUAGAUUAAUUUAGAAAACUCUAAAUAUGAUAGACAAAACUUAAAUUUUCUUUAAGCUUUUUUUCUGCUACUAAUUGUUUAAAGUUUUUAAGCUUCUGUGAUUUUCAGUCUCAUUAAUUUUCUUUCCAAGACUGUCUUGUAUUUUCUAAAAAAAAGCUGAUCAUAAUUCAGAAUAAUAAUUUCCCAUUAAAAUAAUCUUCAACUGAUGUUUAUGAAAAGAACUUUUUCCAUUUAUUUUCUGUUUCUCUUAGCAUAAAUUCCGCAUUUGAUUUAGUCUUGUACAUUAAUCAUGAGAUAUAAAUUAGCUUUCAUAUUGUACUUUAUUUUGACAAUUGAA